CCUCACAAAAAGGAACAACGACWUMAAAGAAAAAAACAUGAAAAAACCCACAUUUMUUAUACUAGCCUCGCUUUACCUUUCGGUUGCGAACGCAGCUCAAGAUGGUUCUUCCCCUCUUCGAGGAAAUGCGCAAAAUCGUCGCCAUCUUUUGCAAGAUGAUGCCGAAUGUGUCCUGUACCUCAAGGAUAUCGAAUACGAGGGUCAUCGCGAGGGAUCCAUUUGGACAUGUGAAUUCUCUAGAAAGGAAGCAGAGACAUUCGGUGGUCAAGAGAUUAUGGCCAUCGAAGGGCUCUCCAAAGAGAUUAUCGAAUCUAUGAAUGCGGUUUCGGGAGAAUCUAUCUUGAAAACCAAGGGCGCGUUUGUUGAGCACUUUCUCGGGAGCCAUCAAGUCAAGAUGAUGAUCCCACGACAGGCCGCCUUCGGAAUCGAACCAAUGUCCGAGAACGACCCUCGCAAACACCGGCAGCCAAUACGUCGCAAUCUAGCAGGCUCCCGACCAGGCACGCUCCGGACGUUGGUGGUUCGGGUGAUUGAUGGUUCGGGAACGGAGCCCACAGCCAAUGCAGCUAGGUUAAGGGAUGACAUCUUUGAAGAUCGUGUCAGCUUGAAAACACAGUAUGCUGCUUGUUCAAAGGACCAGGCAAUCAUCGAGCCCGCCGCCGAAGGCAAUGGUGGCAUUGUCGACGUGAAGAUUUCCACGAGGGUCACAGACAAUAUCUCAAACAUCCAGUUUGAGAUGGAAAACGAGGCCAGACAGAAGGCAGAACAGUUGUACGGUGGGAAUAACGGACUUCAAAGCAAGUAUGAUCUUGUAAUGUUUUGUAUGCCUCCUGGUACGGGGAGCUGGCUAGCCUACGCAUACAUCAACCGAUGGGAUAGCUUCUACAACGACGAAUGGUGCCAGAGUGUUUCAGCACAGAUGCAUGGUGAGUAGAACAGAAACAUACAAAUAUGCGAAGUUCAAUCUUCCGGUWUAAAUUCAUUAUUGCAAUYAUUUCUUUCUUAUCAUUGACAUUUUCAUUCAUUGAUUCGCCACACAGAGGUUGGCCACAACCUCGGUCUUGGUCAUUCCGGAACGGASGGUAAUCCUUACGGAGACGAAUCCGGAAUGAUGGGAUAUUCGUACUUCGAGGACGACGGCCCUGAAAAGUGCUUCAACGCCGCCAAAAACUAUCAAUUACGAUGGUAUGARCGACAAAGCAAGUCGGUCGAUCCUCUUACUAUGGGAGAUGCCGAAAAGUUCGUCUUCAAUGGAGUCGACGACUACAAGACGUCUUCAAACACCGGAGACAAGCUCAUCACUCUUCGGUUAAAACAGUAYGGAGAUACGUUCAGAGGCUCCGAUUACUUUAUCGGAUAUAACCGCGCAUCCGGGCCCAAUCGUGGGGUCAAUGAGGAGGCAGACAGAGUUACUAUUUAUAGAAAGGAAAGUGGUGGAGAAUACGGAUACGGAGAGAGCACAAGAGUUGCCGCCCUGGCRCAGGGUCAAAACUACCGRAUCUCAAAUUUCAAAAAUUCUGGUACCUCCGUCUAUAUUUAURUCAUGUCAAUUUCRAAYGAUCAAACCGAUGCAUCAGUGAUUSUUUCGAGAGGUGAAUUGGUCACCUCGUUACCCGAGCCCCCUGUUCCAUCACCCACCGAGGCACCUGGUUGCGCGGAUGCCAACAAUUGGACGUUCCGUGGCAGACCCAACAAGGACUGCAAGUGGRUUGCGAAAGGGCCAGCUUUAACUACGUUCAAACGUUGCAAUAAACUUGACAGAAACACUAGAGUCUAUGACCAGUGUAAAGAGACGUGCGGUGACGUUGGUCUCGGAUCGUGCGCAAAAACUAUUACGUGUGAGGAUGAUUUGAGCUUUCGGUUCGAGAACAAUAACAGCAAGGGGUGUGAAAAUUGGGUCKUCAAGUCCAAGAACAAACGUCAAGCUAAGACUCGAUGUAACAAGAAGGUAGGGAACAMWGGKKWUCGAGUCUAUGACUACUGCAAUAGAACUUGUGGUAUGGUUGGCCUCGGAUCUUGCGACCAAUUUUAAGCUGRAGCAAACAACAUUCAUGUGCAACGGUGCACAAAAUGAUGCAAAGCAACGACGAGGGAAUCAAUUCAUAGAGCAAACAAAMUCCUUUAUCAUUCUGUGGAGACAGAAAGGAAACGACAAAAUUUUAAUUACUUCAUAGACGAUCGCUACUGCUGUAAUAGAAAAAACAAUUAUUCUUGCUACUGUUCAUCGGCCUUUCAACCAGCUUCGGCUCAUCAUUACUUAAGAAGAGUGAAGAGGAAAAUUGACUCUUCGCGCCCUUAUCAUCGAUAGAACAAACGUGGUAUAAAAUCGAAUUGAGAAUGAGAUGUAUGAACAAUUCUCUUAAAGUACAGAUAUGAAAUGAAAUGAAAAUUAUGAAAUUUAUUUUAUGCAAUGAAAAAUUGGCAUACAUACGCCGGCGAACAAAACUAGAGGUCAAAAAUGUUUCGCUCCGCCUCCCCUACUCUGCGCUACUGAUAGCAUCGCUUAAGCUUUCACAAGGUGUUGUUGUUCGACAUGCACAAUGGCAAUUGCAGGACCACUUGGGGUCUUGACCUGGGGUUCUUUGGCGUUUUUUGAAUCGAAUGAAUCGAAUCCAAUCUUUCUUCUUCGUCUCCUCUUUUUGGUGCUUGUCUUCUUCUUAGAUUCCGUGCUGACAUUGGAAGAUCUCUUCUUCUUUCUUGGUUGUGAAUGAACCUCGGGAGGGAGAGUYUCAUUCAUAUCAGUGCUGAAAACAAAAUGCGUUUCAAUAUGGGUGCCGUUGUUGUUGUGGCUGGUGCCUUCUUCGGGUCUUACAGUUCGUGUCUGCAUGUCUCUGGAUUUUCUCCGACGACGAUGUGCGGAACCUUUGGCAAUGUCCGAGGAAAUGAAAGCAUCGACCAUGGAUAGGUCGACAAUUUUCUUGUUGGUCUCGAUAUCGACGGAAAUAAAWGCGUCUACAAGAGAUAGAUCCGGAUUUUGAAUACCGCGGUUGGUGGGAACGCCGGUUAUAGAAAUUGAGGUGCCAGAAGCAAGGGCAACCAUGCAGAAAAUGAGAACGGUUGUAAUAGUGUCUUUCAUUGUGGUUAUGUUGUAUUGUGCUGGGUUCCGGUGUGUAGUUUGAUGCAAUUUAUGUUUUCGUUUCGAACGUUUUGUGCUGAAACGGUCUUGGUUGCUUUUUGCUCUCAUUAAAUUAUGUGAGUUGCA